AUGACCCGCGGCCCUGGAGCUCCGCCACCUGGCUGGCGGCCAACGGUGAAAGGCCGAAACAGCAAGGCCGACGUGUUUGCCACUGCCGCCACCGGUGGCAGCCUCGUCCUACCCGACGGCGGUGCUCCAGUGAGCGGAAGCCGCUUCCGUGUCGAGCCAGGAGCCAGCGGGCUGCCGGAGCAAGCAAAGCCCGGGGCCGGGACGGCAAAAGUUCCUGAAAGGAACACCUCGUCAGAGCCAUAUCCUGCACCAAACAUUCUGGACAAGCUCCUCGAUGGAACCCAGAUGCAGCUUGACUCAGCAGACUACGGGCGAUUCUCUGCAGUUCCAGGAGUAAGGCCGGCACAUCGCGGGAGUCAGCCUGAGCCUGCGGUUGAUGUUGGAGGACAGGUGCAACCCAACAGAACGACAGCCUCUCAGAGGCCCGAAUGGGACAGCCUUUUCGACGACCUUAACGAUGGGGAGCGAAAGGACUCGGCUCCAGAGGGGGAUCCCGCAUCGGAGAGCUGGAGGGCUGGCAGCACGGUCGGCCCCGACUGGGACCAUUUGUACAAGAGGCUCCCGGCAGCUCGCGAUGGAGGAGAGAAGAGGGCCGACGAUGAUGCUCUUGACUAUGCUGCACUGUUCAGUGGAGCGACAGAUCCCGACGACGAUGAUUUGGCAGAUCUGGUUCCCACAGACACUCGGGCCUCCGCUGAGAAGGCUAACCCCGCAAGCGAGCGAGGUGGUGCGUCGUCCGUGUCGCCUCCUCGCGAGGAUGCAAGGGGCACUGCGGGCAACAACUCGAAGGAGCUCGAGCACGAGGAAGAGGUCAACGUCGCACAGCGCCGCCUUGUCUUCGAUUUGGACUCCAGCCUGGUGGAUCUUGCAUGCCAUUGGCAGAAGUAUGGUAUCCUGGGUCACUUCAACCUCUCCGGCCAUGCUGACGAGGGAGUGGAAGCAUGGGGCGAGAAGUUGAUGCCCAAGGGCACGCUGUCGCUGGCUGACUUCCGAUCUCAUGGUGUCGAGCUCGAUCUUAGCGACACGCACGCUGUCUCGUCUGGUUUCCAAGAGCUGGAGGAGUUUUCCAGCGCAGUGAAACGUGACGGCACGGUCACGACCCUGAGACUCUCCCGAGCCAGGAUCGGUAACUCCGGGGCAAGCUGGAUCGCAGGAGCUCUCAUGCGGAAUUUUACCCUGACGGAGCUGGUGCUGAGCAGCAAUUCCAUCUCGGACGAAGGGAUCGACCCGCUUGCUGCUGUGCUUGACAGCAACAACACGCUCAAAAAGAUCGAUCUGUCGGACAACCGGGUGGGGUCGAGGGGUGCGCAGCAGCUGGCGUCGGCCAGCUCCAGGAACCGAUCCCUGACAUACCUUGACCUCAGUAGGAACAGCGUUGGAGACCAGGGUGCCGAGGAGUUCCUCUCCGUGUUGGAUGUGGCGGUUCGACCGCGGCCGUCAGCUCUACGCAUAUUGGACUUAGCGGGCAACUCCAUCACCAGGCGCACCGAGGAGCGGCUCCUUUCUGCCUUUCACCGUGGAAUCACGGUGCUGGAGUCGUUGCACCUGUCUGACUCGGACAGGGCGAAGGCACCGGCUGCAGACGAGGGCAAACCUCCCCGGUUUACGGUCAUUUGCACGCAGCAAGGCAUCGAGAUCCGCGCUGGCAGAGCUGGGCCGCGGGCGCAGAUCAGCUGGGAGCAAGAUCAAGGAGAUGUUGAGGUGGUCCUCAAGCGGGCCGAGAUGAGGAAGUGCGAUGCAGCGGUGGUGGAUGUCGCUUUCGGCUACCGGAGACUGAAAGUCACAGUACGAGCAGAGCUGAUUAUGGACAUUGAGCUCUUCGCGCGCAUUCGGCCGGAGGAUUGCGCGUGGACGGUCGGCGACGGUUACCUGCAGAUAGUUUUGGCCAAGGCCGAAAUUGGGCGCUGGCAGUCGCUGACGGCGUGA